GUUUGAAACAAGGAGAAGAAAAGAGUCUCACUCGUGCUUUUCACACAAAGUGGAACAUCGGGCGGAGGAGUGAUCGCGCAGGUAACGGCAGGUUGUUGCUAUGGCCGAAGGAUGUAUUUCCCCAGGAGGGCUGCUUUCUGAUGAAGAAGCUGUAGUCUUUCCUGUACUGGAAUCCACUGCAGCAGAAUGUGGGGCUGGCUUGUGCAGAGCUCUUCUGCCAGAUUUCUCUUCCAUCUCUUCAAGCCAUGAACAGGCAGCUUCUGGUGACAAUGAGAAAGUGAAGGUAUAUGCGAGAGUGAGGCCCCUGAAUCCGGAUGAAGUGGAAAAACUUGAGGAUCAAGGCUGCAUCUGUAUUGAGAAUUCUGAGACCCUUUUACUCAAAGCACCGAAGAACUCCUUCACCAUGAAAAACACUGAACGAGGGAUUGGUCAGGCAGUGCAUAAGUUCACCUUCACCAAGGUCUUUGGGCCAGAGGUUGGCCAGAAAGGUUUUUUUGAUGCAACAAUGAAGGAAGUAGUGACGGAUGUGCUGCAUGGGCAGAACUGGCUUAUUUAUACCUAUGGAGUCACUAAUUCAGGGAAGACAUACACCAUCCAGGGAAGCGGUGCUGAUGCAGGGGUCCUUCCUCGUUCUUUGGCAAUCAUAUUCAACAGCAUUGGGGCAGACCUUUACCGGGCCACAGACCUGAAGCCCUUCCUCUCCUGUGAAGUAAUGUGGCUGGACAGCAAACAGAUUCGUCAGGAGGAAACCAAGAAGCAGGCCCUGUUGUGUGGCAAGAUGAAGGAGGAGUUGCUUACUUCUGUGAAUAAGAACCAUGACACAGGAUCCUUGCUUCAGGCUGGUACAAGCACUAGCAUUGACAGUGGUGUUGGCGGACUCUCAUCUACCUGCUACUCUACCAAUCAAACAAACUCUAACCUGCUGGAAGAGACAGUUCCUCACUGGGCUGACUCGGACAACAUUUCACUGCUGGCUAAAGAAGAUGUGCAAUUUUCCAUCUGGGUCUCCUUUUUUGAGAUCUACAACGAGCAGAUUUAUGACUUGCUGGAGACAAAUGUGAUUGGUCCACCCCGCAAGAGACCCACACUGCGACUGUGUGAGGAUCAGACUGGCAACCCCUACAUCAAAGAUCUUAAUUGGAUUAACGUUCAAGAUGCCGAUGAGGCCUGGAAGCUGCUGAAACUGGGUCGCAGAAACCAAAGCUUUGCCAGCACCCACAUGAACCAGAACUCUAGCCGCAGUCAUAGCAUCUUCUCCAUUCGAAUUCUGCACCUACAGAGAAACAGUGGUGAAAUGGACCCAAAGAUUAGCGAGCUGUCACUGUGUGACCUUGCUGGCUCUGAACGCUGCAAAGAGCAGAGGGCUGGGGAUCGCAUGAAGGAGGCAAAUAAUAUCAAUACGUCUUUGCACACCCUGGGACGCUGCCUUGCUAUGCUGCGCCAGAACCAGCAGGCCAGAUCGAAGCAAAGUGUUGUGCCAUUCAGAGACAGCAAGCUAACACGUGUGUUUCAAGGGUUCUUCACAGGGCGAGGGCAGUCCUGUAUGAUAGUCAAUAUGAAUCCAUGUGCUUCCUCAUAUGAUGAGACUCUCCAUGUGGCUAAGUUCUCUGCAAUUGCCAGCCAGCUUAUACAAGCUCCUUCAAAGGUGGGACUGUUGGCCAUUCAGUCUCUUAUCAAGGAACAGAGCAUUCAAAUAAACAAGGCCUCUGCAGCAGCCUUUGAUCAAGAAACAGAAUUUGAUGAAGAGAGUGAGAAUGAAACAGAUGUGACCAUGUAUGACAAAGAGGACCUGUUGCUUGUGGUUGAGGCUGUGCAAGCUCUGCUGCUGAAGGAACGCCAGGAGAAGCUGAAGCUAGAAAUACAUCUCCGCAAUGAGAUCUGCAAUGAGAUGAUGGAGCACCUGCAACACAAGGAACAGUGGAACAGUGAGCAGCUGGAUGCCCAAAAGGAGAUUCUGGAGGACUUGUAUGAGAAGAAGCUGAACAUUCUAAAGGAGUCACUGACUGAUUACUAUCAAGAGGAGAUGGAGAACCGGGAUGAAAAGAUACAAGAGCUGGAAGCUGCCUUGCAAGAAGCAAAACCACAACAGCAAGAACUCCACGAAGAAAAGCAAGAAUCAGGGGAGACGCUGCGCAGAUCCAAACGAGUGGCAUCUACCCUGCAACAGGAUCCGCAGGAAACAAAAACCAAGCUAGAGCAGUGUCAGGCUGAGCUGAAUGCAGCCAAAGAAGAGCUACGCAAAUACCGAAAGAUGAUUGAGCCACCACCUUCGUCAAAGGCUAUCACUGUAGAUGUGGACCAGAAGCUGGAAGAAGGUCAAAAGAAUAUUAGGAUGCUGCGUUCUGAGCUGCAGAGACUUGGGGAAUCACUUCAGACAGCAGAAAGAGCAUGUUGUCACAGCACAAGUGCUGGCAAACUCCGUGAGACCCUGUGUAUGUGUGAUGACAUCCUGAUAAAACAGGAUAAGACUCUGGCUGAACUUCAAAACAAUAUGAUGCUAGUGAAGCUGGAUCUGCGGAAGAAGGCAGCCUGUAUUGCUGAGCAAUAUCAUACAGUACAAAAACUCCAAGCAACACCAACCCUGUCCAUCAAGAAACGGUUCUGUGCCAACAAUGAAAACAUGCAGCCCAAAAGCCAACCUCCCAUCAAGAGGCCUUUCUUGCAAAACUUCUUGCCUCACUCUACAACCAAGCCUGCUGUUGCAGAGAGCCCCUACACUCGUAUCCUGCGUUCUCAUAGGUCUCCCCCUUUCAAACCCCUCCCCUUUAGCAAAAAAUACUGAACUGAAUGCUUUUUUUGGUCCUGUGGUACAACUGGGUACUAGCAACUGGAUCUACAGUUCCUGUAUAUAAAUUUGUGUUUAUUCAUAUGUUAAGGGCUGAGUGGAAAAAUAAAUACUUGGCUUCCCAAAGAUGGCUACUAUGCAUGUCCUCUCAGGCCAGCUGCUACUCCAGAGUAUAUGGAAUCUGGACUUUUAUCAUCCUUUUUUAACCACUUGCUUAUGUGUUUCUGCAUGCUAAAUGUAUAUUCAUUACUAUGUUCGAUGCA